AUUUGCAGUGUGUUCAGCCAAUCCAAUUAAUGCUAGUUGGGGCUGAGAGAGAGGGAGCUGGAGAGAAAGAGACAUCUCUGAGUGUAGCUCGACUCACACAGCAUCUCAAUCCCCUGGCUUUGCCGAGCCAGAGCAGAAGCGGGGAAGCCUUUAUUCACAUGCCGGAUUUCAGCUUUUGUUGCUUGUUCUUGCAACGAGGCUGUUGAGCUCCAGGAGAAGAAUAGCAUCCUUUCUGUCAGAUUUGCCUCGGACUGCUGUCUGAUAUUUAGUGUGUUUUCCUUGCCACCUCCUUUGUUUUCCUUCUUCCUUUCUACUGGAGAAGAGAAGACUGUUGGUUGGACUGGAUUUUUAAUUGUUUUGCUUGUGUUUUGCACUGCAUCCGUCUCGCUGAGGGCCGCCAUCGAGAUUGUUAUUGUCAUCGCAGCAGCUAUCAGCUGAGUCACCAUGUCCGAUCUGACGCCCCAUAGCGAGGCCCCCACCCCCACUACUGACAAAAUCACACAGGCUGCCAGGGAGACCAUCUACCUAUGUAACUUCCGCGUGUCGGUGGAUGGGGAAUGGCUGUGCCUGCGGGAGCUUAACGACAUCUCGCUCACGCCUGAUCCUGAGCCGGCUCAUGAAGACUCAUGGGAGGAUUUCACAGAUUUGGUGGAGCAAAUGCAAAUGCUUGAUGAGUUUAAAGAUCCGAAGGACCCUAUUGCCAUCGAGAGGCUUAACCUGAUGAACAUGGCCAAGCUGAGCAUCAAGGGUCUGAUUGAGUCUGCAUUGAACCUGGGACGCACGCUGGACUCGGACUACGCCCCACUGCAGCAGUUUUUCGUCGUCAUGGAGCACUGCCUGAAACACGGACUUAAAAGUAAGAAGACAUUCCUUGGUCAAAAUAAGUCUUUCUGGGGUCCUUUGGAGCUGGUGGAAAAGUUGACUCCAGAAGCGGGGGAGAUCACAGCCAGUGUCAAAGACCUUCCUGGGCUCAAAACUCCAUUAGGAAGAGGCAGAGCGUGGCUUCGCUUGGCAUUGAUGCAGAAGAAGCUCUCAGAUUAUAUGAAGACCAUCAUCAACCGAAAAGAUUUGCUGAGUGAAUUCUAUGAGCCCAAUGCUCUUAUGAUGGAGGAGGAAGGAGCAGUGAUCGCUGGGCUGUUGGUGGGCCUAAAUGUCAUUGAUGCUAACUUGUGCAUGAAGGGAGAAGAUUUAGACUCACAGGUUGGAGUCAUUGAUUUUUCCAUGUAUCUGAAAGAUGGAGCUCACAGCAGCAAAAGCACAGAGGGUGACGGACAGAUCACAGCUAUUCUUGACCAGAAGAACUACGUUGAAGAGCUGAACAGACAUUUAAGUGCGUCAGUGAAUAACCUGCAAGCCAAAGUAGACGCAUUGGAAAAAUCCAACACAAAACUUACGGAGGAACUUGCCGUCGCAAACAACAGGAUCAUCACUCUGCAUGAGGAACUGGAGAGAGUGAAGGAGGAAAGCUGUUAUUUAGUGGAAUCUAGUCGCAAGGCAUCAAGAGCAGAGGGUACUGCGAAUGGUCAAGUACUUGGAGAAACUCGCAAACAGCUCAAAGAGGAGACUCAGCUCAGACUGGAUGUUGAGAAGGAGCUAGAGCUGCAGAUAGGGAUGAAGCAGGAGAUGGAGUUGUCUAUGAAGAUGUUGGAGAAAGACAUCUGUGAAAAACACGACGCUCUGGUGGAGCUCAGACAGCAGUUGGAUGACAUGCGUACACUCAACCAUGAGCUUUCUGUCAAGUCACAGAGUUCUGAGGGUAGUGCAAAACAAAAGAGUGACAUCAUCGGCCGCUUGGAGGAGAAAACAAACCAGAUGGCAAAUGCCAUUAAACAGCUGGAGAGCAGAUGUAAGAAGGCGGAACGAGAGCGAGAUCUGGCGGACGAGGCUAAUCGAUUGUUCAAGCAGGAGUUUGGGGACAAGAUUGAAAGUCUGCAGCAAGAGGUGGAACAGUUACGAAAACAGAGAUCAGUUUUGGAGCAAGAUCUCAGGAAAUCGAGAGAGCAUCACGGCAGCCACAGUUCUGAUUCUCUGUUGGGAAAAACGCCACCACAGAGAGAUAUGAAACAACAUGUGGAGGAGAUCAGAAAGGAGUUAGAAAGCGUCAGAAAAGAAAAUGACACACUACGCACUGUGCUUGAGGAAAAGUCGAGCCUUGGAUCUAGUUUGACACUGUCACAUGACGGCGAACAGGUGCUGCAUUUAACUGAUCAGUCUGAAGACAUAGACCCUUUAAUCUGUCCUAUGUGUGAAAACCAGAACUCACUGACCACACCUAAGAAGCAAUGUAAGAACUGCAGUGGUGUGUUUUGUGAGAACUGCGUGGCUAAAGAACUUCCUCUGCCUUCCUCCAUCAACCCUGAACACGUGUGUGAUGUCUGCUACUCGCGGUUACUGCAGCAGUACGCCUCCACACCAUCCUGAGACACCGCCUCCUCCUGAGAGCAUAGACUGUUCUAUCAGCACCAGUAACGGGUUAUUAAUUGAUUAAGUGCAAUUUAGAUUUAAAAAUAUUCUGGUAAUCAAUCAGUACCAGACAUCGCAAUUAUUUGCACCCAGUGUUUGCCAAAAAGGGAUGAUGUAUGAUAUAAGCUGUUUAAAAUGCUUUGAGAUUGUUUAAUGUGAGUAUAUCAACAUUUAAUUCGUGAGGAUGAGUGACUGAAGCUGUCCACCAAGUGGAUUAAUGCAGGUCUUUUACUUGAAUUAUCCCCAUGCCAUUUAUGUUUUUCAAGUGUUGAUAAACAGCAUAAUAAUAAAAAAAAUCAAAAGAAGAGGAUAUAUACAAAAUAUAAUUUUUAGCUUGUUAAACACUUGAACAAGCAAAGCACAUGUACUAAAGGUUGAAUAAUCAAAUUUAACAUUCAUGAGUUUAUAAUACAUAUUGGGUGUGUACACAAAGAAACUUGUUAAUGUUCUUUCAAAGCUCAUAACUUAACUUGGCUCAGGUUCCAAAAUCAAGAUCUUAAUUGUAAAAUACUGUAAGGUUGAAAGAGUUGAAAGGUAGUUUUAUGCCUGCUUGUUACAAUAAAAUUUUAUUAUAAUGUGGA